AGCCCAACGUUUAUUGUAACCCUGUGAUGGCGCAACCCGGACAGCCAUGGGACUACAUAGCCAAGAUCGUCUCUCUUGGUGAUUCGGGCUCAGGCAAAUCUAGCCUAACCAUCCGCCUCUGCGAAGGUCGCUUCGUCUCCCAUCAUGACGUUACCAUCGGCGUCGAGUUUGGCAGCCGGAUAGUGCCCGUAGGACCGCCAGCAAGCCUGCAAUACAAUAUCAACAACCCAGUCUCGCAACCCUCUCAGCCCUCGACCUCCGGCUCCAAUGAUGCUCCCGCAGCCAAGAAAGGCAAAGGCGCGCCUAAGGAGCCCCAACAGCGGUACAUGAAGCUCUCGCUCUGGGACACAGCCGGCCAGGAAACCUACAAGUCCAUCACCCGCUCCUACUUCCGCGGCGCGUCCGGCGCGCUCCUCGUCUUCGACAUCACUCGCCGCAACACCUUCAAUAGCGUGACCUCCUGGCUGCACGACUUACGACAAAUAGCCGAAGAUGAUAUUGUUGUGAUCCUGGUCGGCAACAAGUCCGAUCUUGCGCCUGCGUCGACCAUUUCAUCUGCAGAUGACAAGAAGAAUCAGCGGCAGGUCACGAGGGAAGAAGCAGAGGAGUGGUGCAAGCAGAACAAGGUGAUGCAAUACGUGGAGACGAGCGCGAAGAGCGGGGAGAAUGUGGAGAGGGCGUUUCUGGAAGUGGCGGAGAGGAUAUGGCAGAAUAUUGAGGCGGGCAGAUAUGAUCUUAAUGAUCGGAGAAGUGGUGUGAAAGGACCUGGUGCGGGUGGUGGUGGGACGGGGAGGUCGGUGAAUCUGAGGCCGGCGGACAAGAGUGCGGGCAAGAAGGCGGGCAUUGCUGGUGGGUGUUGUUGAAUGCAUAUCAGCAUGGGUUUGUGGCGAGGCGUCUGGCGUUCUUGACGUUCGACCCGUCAAUGACAGCAACGAGCACCGAUAGGAUAAUACAUGCACAGACCAGCGACGUUGAAGUCAAUCGAUGCUGCAAUUCACACAUGCUACUUCACUCGUAGCUCACCACCGGUCUCAGUCAACG